UCCCUCUCACACAUACACAUGUCGAGGGACCAGGUGCCACACCCCCCAUCCACAUGCCCUCAAAUUUUCGAACCUUUAUGCUUUCCUCUCUCUUUCUCUCUCUAAAUUAAGCACGCUUCCUUCACUUCCUCCCUCCUUUUCCUCAAGUUUCUCUCUCUAACAGAUGUUCAUGAAUACGAGUUAAAUGUUCAUGAAUACGAGUUAAAUAUGGGUCAUGAAAUCUUUGAGAAUGCUCUAGUCUAUACCAUGGGCUUCUUAUUGCGAUCAUUUUCAUGGUUUCCACCACUCAACUCUGAUCCUCUGUUCUCUUUUUUGGUUGCAUGGUACACGGUCAUCUUUCUGUAUUUUCCAGUCCAUAUUUUUCAGGUUUUUCUCUCUCCGGUGACGAUUUUUACAGGAGUUCUGCUUGCGUCCCUUCUCCACCUUGGAGGGGUUCAAAGAGUGCAGAACCGGAAAGAGAUCACCAUUCAUCAGGCAAUUGAAUGGCCGGAAAACAGAGAGAAAUGCGUGAAAUCGAGCUGCGGAAACAGCGAACUUGUAGAGAGAGAAACUGUGGAAUUUGUUGGAGAAGAGAGGGAAACUGUGAAUUUUGUCGAAGAGUCGGAUCAAAGAAGAUUUGGCUUGAGCAUUGGGGUCGAGGGGGAGGGGGAGGUGGAGGUUGAAAUGGGGAGGAGAGAGAGAGAAGAGAGAGAAACUGUGGAAUUCGUUGAGGAAUUGGGCGAUCAGAGAAGUGGGGUUUUUGGCAUUGGGGUUGAGGGUGAGCUGGAGAUUGAUUUCGGGCAGAGACUCUCACUCCCGAAAGAAGAGAGAGAAAUUGCAGAAGAGAGAGAAGGAGAGCAAGAAGAGAGAGACAUUGCAGAAGAGAGAGAAGGAGAGCAAGAAGAAAGGGAAACUGUCGAUGAAGGGUUGAGCAAUCAAAGAAGUGGGUCUCCAAGCGUUGGGGUGAAGGGGCAACCAGAACUUGAUUUCAGGCAGAGUGCGUCACUUUCCCAAGCAGAGAGAGAAAGUAGAGAAGAGAGAGAAAAUGUAUAUUUAAUUGAAGAAUUGGGAAAUCAAAGACAUGGAUCUUCAAGCAUGGGGGUCGAGGGGCAAGUGGAGGUUGAUUUCCGGCAAAGAGUAUCAUUUUCCAGCGUCUUUGGGGAGUGGAACCAUAGAGCCCCCUUAGAGGUCAUAUACGAAGAAUACGAAGGUGAAGAAGAAGAAGAUCCUAAUAAUAUCCUUCCAAAAAGUCCCCAAAAGUUGCCGGAAAAUUCUUUUCCGGCAACCAAAGGGGCUUUCUCUUGGGUUUCGGAUGAUAUUUUCCCAUUGGGUUCGUAUCUCCCUGAUUCAGAUUCAGGAAGCUCAUCAGAAGACGAUAUGGAGCCGGAAAAUGGGUGUUUUUGGUGGGAGGAAGAGAGAGAAGGAGACAAUCUCAUCGAGAUUUCUCUCUCUAAAACCGAUGUUUCCCCUGCAACUGAAAGAUUUCAAGCUAUGGCUAUAGCCUUGGGAGACGAUGAGAAUCUCAUAGAGAUUGAUCUUUCCGAUCAAGAAGUCGCCGGGAAAAAGAAGAUUCCGGCGAGUAUUAGUGUGCUUAAACAAGAGUUAUAUGAGAAGCUCUUGUUUUGACUGAUAUAAAUAUGUAAUAAUGAAGUUAGAAAAGAGCAUUAGGCUGUUGGUUGUGUAAAAGAUCACAUAGAAAAUGGAUUUAAAUGGAUGGCACUGUAUAAUCAUGAGGCUAAUUGAGCUAGCUUGGAUUUGUUGAGAAGAGUUUUUUAUUUGAUUGGAUUUAAUGUGAAAUUCCUUGUUCUUUACC